GUGUUGGGGGGUGGGUGCAUUCACCAGAGAGAGUGGGGAGCAGAACCGGCAGAUCUAUGGAAAUACACUGCUGAAGGGAGCAGCAGGCAAGACAGGAGAGGUCUGCUGCGCUGUGUGGGUCAGCUCCCUGGCCGGGGAUUGAACUCAGGCUGUUGUGAUGGGCCAUCGUGGUGGUAGUGCUGGUACUUAACCCCUAGGCCCCAGGGAGGCCCACCAAGCUGCUUGUCUUGAGGAUCCGCCUGUAGUUGUCAGGGAAGGCUUCGAGGAGAAGGUUGUGCUUGAACUGGGCACUGUGGGGAGAAGUGAGGAAAUCCAGUACCACAGUGAAGGGAGAGGAUCAGGGUUUUGACAAGUGCCAGGGUGCAGAGGUCAACAGACAUGAGGUAUGUGAACUGCAGGACAUUUAGGGUAAAAGACGGACAGGUAUGACUAGGGAAGCAGCAGGAAAUGAGGACGGAGAGGAAAGUGGAGCCAGCUCUUGAAGAAAUAAUAACAAUAGCUAUCUUACUGGGAGCGAACAGUUUGUCCAGUAUUGUGUCCAUCCUUUGAACAGUGCCAGCCAGCUUUGGUCCGAAAUCUCCAUGUGUGCUCCCUUGUUAGUCUUCGCAACAGCCCCGUGAUGGAGUAUUUACCAGGGAGUGGUCUCUCACCUCUUGAUUUGGCCUGCACAUUGCUGCAAGACUAACCCUUGAUGCUUUUAUACAUUUAAAAACUUUUUUUAAGGAUUUAUUUAUGCAUACAUAAAUAAAUACAUACCCUCCAGAGGUGUGGAGGGUGAGAGGAUUUGCCAGAGAGAGCGGGGAGCAGAAUAGGCAGAUUGACUGAAAUACUCUGCUGAGGGGAGCAGCGGGCGAGUCGGAAAGGUCUGCUGCGCCAUGUGGGUUGCUCCCUGGCUGGGGAUCGAACUCAUGCUGCAGUGGCUGCGGAUAGCUGGAUAGCACUGUCUCUAACCCCUGUGCCACCAGGGAGGCACUAAAAACUUUUUUUUUUUGUGACUCCCGUUUCCUGAUGGAAUUCCAAACCCACCAAGAUCAUCUGACUUCAAAACAUCUUGGGGUAAAGUGUGAAGAUACAUGUAUCCUAGAAUUGAAUAAAAACAGAAAUGGAUGUAGGUAGGCAUUAAGCUCAGAGAAAUACUCAAUGAAAAAGGCAAGAUGCAGAUAAUGUGUGGGUGUACUCAUUUGUGUUAUGAGAGAGGUGAAAUAAGUUUCUAAGUGCAGAAAAAAAAAAUUCUGGAAUGGCAGAAAAGGCACAAUGGUUUCCUUUGGGAUAAAGUCCCAGAAAUCUAGACUGUUAGACUAACCUGGCUUGUCUUGCAUACUCUUUUCAUGCAGAAUGAAUUUUUUUUUACUGUGUAUGCAUUAUAUUUUUAGUCAAAAUUAAUAAAAAUAAGUCUUAAAGCUCUGCCAUGUACAUAGCAGUUAUUUAGGAAGGGAAUGUAGCGUAGAGCUCAAGAAUAAAGACUAGUCAGGCUACCUGGGUCCAAGGUCUGCUGCUGCCACCUACUAUCCCCUACCUUUAAGUUAAAUACUCUCUGUGUACCUGAGUCUGUCUCAGGAUGGGAGAUCAGUACUGCCUAUCUCCCGGGGUUGUCGUGAGGCUUAAGAGAAGGCAUACAGCAAAGGGAAUGAUACAGGAGCUGCAGAGAGACUCCAUGUGAACCGGAGGCCCAAGAUGGCGUUGCUGAAUCCAGGACUGUCAAAUAAAGGUACCUUGUUGGAAAAGUGAAAGGUGAGAAAAAGUCACAAAGGGCGGUCGGUGCAUGUCCCAGAUGGACUGAGGCGGAGGAGCAAGACAGGAAGGAGCCUGAAAUCGUGUGAUGGCAGGUCAUGGUUAUAUGGCAGCUUUUCUUAGCAUAUAUAAAAUAAUGAUAUGAUUUAUAAAUGACAUCUUAGGCUGGAUGAAAUGUGGUAGUUCUACCUUGAUCUUUGAAAUGACAGUGAGGUGUUCCUGUGUAAUUUAUUUAAUGAACCCCUUAAUGUAGGACAUGUGGGUCACCUCCAGCUUGAUACUUGCAGACAAUGCUACCAGUGAUCAUCCUUGAUACCCGCCUCUGCGUCUCAUCUGGGGUUCAUUUCUAAAUGAUAGUGCCGCCUGUUAAUUUUUUUUUUAAUUUAUACAAGAGCCGGGGUACAGGCCAUAUGUGCAGGAGGGUGAGAAGAUCCACCAGAGACAGAGCGAGGAACAGAACAGGCAGAUUAACUGAAAUACACUGCUGAGGGGAGCAGCGGGUGGGACAGGAGAGGUCUGCUCGCCAUGGGGGUUGCUCUGAGGCUGGCGGGGAAUCGAACCGGCACUGUAGAGGCUGUGGACAGCCUCACAACGCUGCACUCAACUGUCUGCGCUUCCAGGGAGGCCCUGUUAAUUUUUUAAAACCAUUUGGUUUUGUUCACUUAUGUUCACUUAUGUCUGGACAUAUUAUUGGAUAUGUACUCUUUCAAACAUGUGAUUGCAAAGAAUCAUAAGGAAGUUUUUGAGCACAGAAUUAGAUAGAGCUGAAAAGUUGUAAUCUUACUAAAAGUCAUCUGGGGAUUAGCUUAGUUGCUCGUGAGGUGGUAAUCUGUGACUGGGGAUGGAAAUACCUAAAUCUCCCCCAACUCAUCCCAACAUCAGGUUCCAGAGGUGGGUGGAUGCUGCCUAGGCUCCAGCUUUGCAUGCUGAGGCUGUGGUAUCAACAGGGAGGGCCAAAUGGGUCCCUCUCACCAACUCCUAAGGCUGCAGGGUGGGAAAAGGAGGCCCCACAUCCUGUGCCUAAAUAACGUCGAGUUGUGCAAUACCCUGUAAUGAGAGGUGAUCCUCUCCCUAGCAGUGUCUUCUUCCUUGUAGCUCAGGCUGCAGGACAAGGGAGUGGCGGGCAGGGAAAUGGGAGGAGCCCAGCCGCCUUCCCCUCCAAGGCACUGGGCAGAGCUCCUUUUACUCCGUGGCCAGGACUUUGGGAGUUGGGGUCAGAGCUGCAGGAAGACGAUGAAACUGAGGCACAGAGGUUAAAGAACUUCCCCAAGGUCACAUAGAUGGAAAUGACUUAGAGGCCUUACAAAUACUUCUGUGCAUUCUUGCUUCAGACUUUACGAUUGUGGGCCAGCCCAGUCUGGAAGCAUCUCUGAUUAAUGUUACAAGGAAACCGCUACCUCAGCAAAUAGAAGGAGAGGAGGAGAAGACUUAUAAUUUAUAACAUGCCAUUUUUAAAAAAAAUCGUCUUCAAAAAAUAUUCAAGGAAAUUUGGAAAUUUUUUGCAUUGAGAAGCAGCGUCACAGGUGAAUGGAUUUGGCAGGCAGGCUCUGUCAAUUCUGCAGAGGUUUGCGCUUCCCUCUCCAGGACUUAGUGUGAACACUUCUGUACUGCUUUUUAAAUUGCUGUUGAUCAGCUGGUGGGUUUUUGAGUUCUAACUUUUCUGUAUAUUGAAGAUACAUUAUAUUACAUUUUUUAAAGUUAAGUUAUUUUUCUGCCAUUGUAAAUACAAGUAUCAAAAAUAUUCUUGCAAAGCAAUUAUAGGUAAACAUUUUUCUCAGCAAGCAUAUCUUUCUAUUGAGAGAGUGAAAUGCUAACAGUUCUUAUGUAGCAUUUUGGACACACUUUUAUUUUUUGUUGGAGGGCUUCCCGACCCGAAAAUACUCAUUAUAUAAACCCUUGUCCUUCUCACCUCUACAUUGGAUCCCAUGGUCACCUGCCUCAUGAAAAUGCCUUUUUUAAAACUUAGAUUUGCAGAACUCCACUAUUUUUAUACCUAGCUACAGUUUUGGGGGGAAAAAAGAGAAUCCACCCCCUGACCAGCUCACGGUCACUGGGACACCUCCCCCUCCCGCAUGUAUUGCUGCAGUGCCCAGGACAGUAAGAUGGACUAUAAGCGGCGCUUCCUGCUUGGCGGGUCCAAGCAGAAGGUGCAGCAGCACCAGCAGUACACGAUGCCUGAGCUGGGCCGAGCACUGAGUGCCCCUCUGGCAUCUACGGCCACCACCGCCCCCCUGGGCAGUCUUACUGCCGCAGGCAGCUGCCACCAUGCCAUGCCUCACUCCACUCCCAUCGCCGACAUCCAGCAGGGCAUCUCCAAAUACCUGGACGCCCUCAAUGUCUUCUGCCGUGCCAGUACUUUCCUCACGGAUCUCUUCAGCACUGUGUUCAGGAACUCUCACUACUCGAAGGCAGCCAUGCAGCUCAAAGAUGUGCAGGAGCACGUCAUGGAAGCAGCCAGUCGACUGACGUCGGCCAUAAAGCCCGAGAUUGCCAAAAUGCUGAUGGAACUUAGUGCCGGGGCUGCAAACUUCACAGAUCAGAAGGAAUUCAGUCUCCAGGACAUUGAGGUGCUGGGGCGAUGUUUUUUGACAGUGGUGCAAGUCCACUUCCAGUUUUUGACCCAAGCAUUACAGAAGGUCCAGCCCGUAGCUCACUCUUGCUUUGCUGAGGUGGUUGUGCCAGAAAAAAAGAACAGCAACAGUGGCAGCGGCUUAUCUGGCAUGGGCCACACACCUGAACUGGAGGAAGCUGUGCGAUCCUGGCGGGGGGCUGCUGAGGCAACAUCCAGACUAAGAGAGCGAGGCUGUGAUGGCCGCCUGGCAGGAAUUGAAGUUCAGCAGCUCUUCUGUUCACAAAGCGCAGCAAUUCCUGAGCAUCAGCUAAAAGAACUCAAUGUAAAAAUUGACAGUGCUUUACAAGCAUAUAAAAUAGCUCUGGAGAGCCUGGGCCACUGUGAGUACGCAAUGAAAGCCGGCUUCCACUUGAACCCGAAGGCUAUUGAAGCAACUUUGCAGGGCUGCUGCAGCGAGGCGGAAGCACAGCAGACGGGUCGGAGGCAGACUCCGCCGCAGCCCAUGCAGUGCGAGCUUCCCACUGUCCCUGUGCAGAUAGGACCGCACUUCCUGAAGGGGGUCUCCUUCAAUGAGUCAGCCGCGGACAAUCUGAAACUCAAGACGCAUACGAUGUUGCAGCUGAUCAAGGAGGCAGGCUGCUACAACGGACUCACACCCAGGGACGAUUUUCCUGUGACUGAAGUUCUGAACCAGGUGUGUCCCUCCACAUGGCGCGGUGCCUGCAAGACCGCUGUGCAGCUGCUAUUUGGCCAAGCUGGACUGGUGGUAGUUGACACAGCUCAGAUUGAAAAUAAAGAGGCGUAUGCCCCCCAGAUCAGUUUAGAAGGCUCCAGAAUUGUGGUUCAAGUCCCAUCCACAUGGUGCCUGAAAGAAGACCCCGCUACCAUGUCCCUGCUGCAGAGAAGCCUGGACCCCGAGAAGACCUUGGGCCUGGUGGACGUGCUCUAUACGGCCGUGCUGGACCUCAGCCGCUGGAGGGCAGGCAGGGAGCAAGCUUUACCCUGCAUACAAAUCCAGCUUCAAAGGGAGAUCUGUGAUUUUGGGAAUCAGGCUGACCUGCCUUCUGGAAAUGGAAACAAAUCUUCAGGGGGCCUGCAGAAGACGUUCUCCAAACUGACGUCCCGGUUCACCAAGAAAGCAUCGUGUACCACUUCUAGCAGCAGCACAAGCUAUUCCAUCCCCAGCACCCCUUCCAAAAACAUCUUCGUCGCUGGGUGUUCAGAAGAAAAGGCCAAAAUGUCUGGUAAUAUUGACACGAGGCUCCAGAGCAUUUUGAACAUUGGUAAUUUUCCUCGGACUCCAGACCCUUCACAGCCAGCUCAGAGCUCCGGGCAUCAGAUGGCCAAUGGUUUCCUCAUGGAGAGGCGUGAGGCUUUCCUGCAAGGGGAAGAUGGGAAGGAUGAGAAGGGCAUGAACUUACCCACUGAUCAGGAAAUGCAGGAGGUGAUUGAUUUUCUCUCCGGCUUUAACAUGGGCCAGUCACAUCAGGGCUCCCCGUUGGUGACGAGGCGUAACUCUGCUGCCACGGCCCUGGUACCUGAGCAGAAGGCGGGGGGCAUGCAGCCACAGCAACCACCACUGCCAGUGCCCCCUCCGCCGCGGCCACCCCAGGCUGGGACGCAUGCACCUCUGACACCCCAGCCGGGACUGGCACCUCAGCAGCAGUCCCCCAAGCAACAGCAACCCCAGGUCCAGUACUACCAACACCUGCUCCAGCCCAUUGGGCCGCAGCAGCCCCCACCCCAGCCUCGGGCCCCCGGGAAAUGGAGCCACAGCUCGUCCCAGCAGCCAGCGCAGCCCGUCGGAGCGGGUCUGUCUCCUCUCGGCCAGUGGCCUGGCAUGUCUGAUCUCAGUUCUGACUUGUACAGCUUGGGGCUGGUGAGCAGCUACAUGGAUAAUGUGAUGUCGGAGGUUUUGGGCCAGAAGCCACAGGGACCUAGAAAUAACACUUGGCCAAACCGUGACCAAAGCGAUGGAGUCUUCGGAAUGUUGGGAGAGAUUCUGCCCUUUGAUCCUGCAGUGGGAUCAGACCCAGAGUUUGCACGCUAUGUGGCGGGCGUGAGCCAGGCAAUGCAGCAGAAGCGACACGUCCCACAUGGGCGCCGCCCAGGCAACCCCCGGGGCAACUGGCCCCCCAUGGACGAUACCCAUCGCACCUGGCCUUUCCCAGAGUUCUUUUCAGAAGGGGAUGGCCUGCACAGCGGCUGGUCGGGCGCUCAGGGAGACUCAGCCAGCUCGAGUGAUGAGACGUCUUCUGCCAACGGGGACAGCUUGUUCUCCAUGUUUUCAGGGCCUGACCUCGUUGCUGCUGUUAAACAGAGAAGGAAGCACAGCAGUGGCGAGCAGGAGACCAGCAUGCUGCCCUCACCUCCUCUUCUCACCACGGUGGAGGACAUGAACCAGGAUAACAAAACCAAAACGUGGCCACCCAAAGCACCCUGGCAACACCCUUCCCCGCUGCCCAGCACACUGCCCAGCCCAAGUGCACCCCUCUACGCAGUCUCCAGUCCCGGCAGCCAGUGGAACGACACCAUGCAGAUGCUGCAGUCCCCGGUGUGGGCUGCCACCAGUGACUGCAGCGCCGCCUCCUUCUCCUACGUGCAGACCCCGCCGCAGCCCCCACCCCCCUCAGCACACAAGGCAGCACCCAAGGGCUUCAAGGCCUUCCCUGGGAAGGCCGAGCGCAGGCCGGCUUACUUGCCCCAGUACUGACCCAGGGCCAGCCUGCCUGCCCAAGGCUGCUGGGGCCAGUGUCUCCACUCCAGAGCUGACUAGCUGACACCAGCCCCCCAGAGGACCAGUGCACCCCUGUCCCAGGCAGGGAUCCUUGGGGAUGGGGGUGGUUGGCAGCUCCAAGCCUUUAAGGCCUGGCUUCUCAAACUUUGGAGGCAUCAGACCCCUGGGUAACCAGCUGAAGACAGGUCUCUGACCCUCCUCAGGAAUGCUGGGGGAUCUUUGAACUUAACAAGCACCUCCGGUGAUUCUGAUGCAGGUGGACCACAGGCCACACUUAGAAACACAGCUCUCAAGUUUGUAGUCCUACUGUGUGCGUUAGGAAGGCAUCAGGCCUGAAGGCUGAGAGCAAAACUGACCAUUCUUCUGAAACCCUCUCCCACCCCUUAACACAUUGAGUGAUGACCAUACCAAUCACUGUCUUUUAUAGCUAUUUUUCAUAUAGGUUUUUGUUAAAACAUCUCCUGCCUAAAAAUGCAUCGACUAUUUUAAGAAAACAAACACAGUGGCUGGAGGUUUGUUCAACACUAUCUUUAUUUAAGCUUAUACAAAUUGGGCCAAGUAUAAAAUAUUUGUGAUCAGAGGCAAUCACCUGGGUUUUCUGUGGGUGGGCAACCUGUCGCCACUUCAGCAGCACGCAGGGGUGCGACCUUUACCAGAUUCAUAUAUGCAGAAUCGUAAAAGUGAUGUCGGAGACAAAUUCCUGGUGGUGCGUGGAGCUGAGCCAGCUGGCGCUGUCGUGUGUGGGAUCGAGUCGCACCAGCCGCCUCGGUCCUUCCACACGACCUCAAAACACACAGUGCAGUCACAGGGCUGCCCAGUGGCACCUGUGCUUGAAAUUGCAGUGACAUUUGUGAGCUGGCUCAGGACAAACUGAUGAAGGUGUAGAUAGGAAUUAAAGUCUGUAGAAAACAGAAAACCACCUCAUUUUCAGUUACACGUGCCAUUAAGUAGAUAACACCCUGUGGAUUUCAGAAUAUGUCCAGCCAGGAUGGAUCCAGAAGAAUUGAAUGGUGCUUAAAUUGAGAAAUAAAUAUAUCUAUAUAGACUAGACAUAUCCCACUGUAUAUUAAUUGAGGUUACAGAAGUUCUUUAUAUAAAACUUAUUUAAAUUUUUCAUAUUUCAUCUUUGAAAAAGUCUAAUUGAGAAAAAAAAUCCAUAAUAUUUUCUGGUAUGAAAGUUUGACAGUAUUAAUAUUUUUUUUAUAUUUUCGUAAACCAUUAAACCAUUUUAAUAUAUGUUAACUACUAAUAAAUGGUUUAUUCUUAUUAACUCCACAUAAGCUUUUCCAGCAGAGAUUGUAAUAACACAUUUAUGUUCUCAUUUUUCUACGGAUAUAAGUAAAUUUAUAUUUAAAAAAUACCAAAAAGAAGAUAUAUAUAUGUACGUAUACACACUAAUGAUAGCGGACCCUUAGGGUGUCUGAGCCCAGCCAUCUGAAUUCUUAGUACUGUGUCGCCAGGCUGUCGCCGGGCCUCGGGUGUUGUCUUCGUGCUGUGUGGGGAUGCCAUUGCUGCCUGUACUUCUGAUCCUGUCACCAUGGGUUCUAAACAUUCGCCUCACCAUGUUUACAGAGAACUAUUUUGUACAUAGACUUUUCCAGGCACGUGCUUUGCACCGACCCUGCGUGGCUCGUCUGUGUUAGCUGUCACAGUGUGUGCACUAACCUCUGUUGAUGUUGUUUGUGGCUGUUUUCCUUGUAAGAUAGUUUUCUAUUUCCUUCAGAAACGUGUCCACAGUACCCUGUAUUUCCAGUUUUAUUAUACUGAAGUACUCUUGUUUUCAUCGUGCCUCCCCAAAGACCUCAUACUGGACAGAGGUCCGUCCUUGAUGCCCCAGCACAGGUGACACCAACAUUGUUAUUGUCACUUUCUAGUCUGUUUUUCUCCAUUAAGACAUUUUGUAAUUGCAUCUCCCUGGGCUGUGAGACCGUGUGAAGCUGUUUGUGUGGUCUCUUUGUAGGUGCUGUGUUCUCGGCACCGCCUCGCUCUGAACACUGGUGAUUCCAGGUGCUGCGCUCGGCAGAGGGGUCUUGCCAAAGCGCAUGUGUGUGCGUGUGUGCGUCCUUUGCAUGACCGAGCUUGGUGGCCUUGCUCGGGCAUUAGCAGGACAUCGUGAGAAUAGUUACGCUUCCAAACUGGAACUCUACAUUUUGUAUCUUACUUUUAAAGCUCCUAUAAGUAAAAUAACUAUUGGCUUUAUUAAAAGUAUACAUUUAAUAAUAUUUUGUAUCUCUGUUUAAAAUGAGCUACCACAGAUACGCCUCAGAAGCCCUGCCUGAUUCAUUCCUUUGAAAAACAUGGGCCUCCCCGGUGGCGCAGUGGUUGAGCGCUGGGUUGCGAAUCUGCCCGCGGCCUCUGCUGCGCCGGUUCGAUCCCCGGCUGCUCCCUGGCCACCGGAGGAGGGUCCCACAUGGCGCGCAGACCUCUCCUGCUGCCCGCUGUUCCCCUCAGCAGUGUACUUCGGUCCUUCUGCCUGCUCUGCUCCCCGCUCUGGCUCUGGUGAAUUCUCUCACCUCCUGUGCUUCUGACUGUACCCAGGGCAUCAUGUAUAAACAAAACAAACAAACAAACAAAUAAAUAAAUAAAAUAAACAUGCCUCUAUAAAAAAAAAAAAAAGAAAAAAAAAAAAGAAAAACAACCCAAGUUAAUUUCCAGGCCAGCCCAUCAUCUGCCAAUUCUGAGCCACUGCAAAGGGGAGGACCACCUUGGGGUGUCAGGAGGAGCUGGGAUGGGUGGGCAGGCAGCAGAAUCACCUAGCACACCUCCCCUGCUGGCUCCUGAGAGCCAGAGCUGGGGGAGGGCUCAGAGUGGAGCCAGUAUGGUGGGGAGGGGCCCACCUAGGAGGAUGUGAGAUCUCCCCUAGGUUGAGGUCCGCCGGCACCCAUAUUCCAGCAGCCAUGGGCACGGCAAGCUGCCCAGGCCGUCUCUCCAAGAAGCUGAUGUAGGGAUGAGCUUUCCCCCUAACUCCACCAAGGAGCCAGAGACAAGAAAAACUAGCCUUGCUGGAUGACGCCGUCCUACUGAGCAGAAGGAAAGGCUGUACAGUGGGAAGCGUGGAGGGAGGGUGGUCAUUUCCGCUGGUCCUCAGCAAGGUAGGCCUAUGUUGGAACUUUUUUUUUCCCCAUAUACAUAGGCAAAUAGCCUUUGAGCUUUAACAUACCUGUAUAAACCCCACGCAGGUGCCUCCCUGCUGAGAUGCCCAGAGGGCGAGCAUGGGCACCAAGUCCCUGAGCCUCAGUACACCUCAGGACAGGCUACUUUAGAAACAGCCCUGUAGGGGGAGGGAGCUAAGGAAUACACUAGAAGAGCCUAUUUUUAAAAAAUUAGAGACCUGUGCUGAGGGUAGAGGGGGGGAAAUAUUAAAUAGAAAAACACCUUUUAUUCAGGUAUGCUCCUGUUUCCCAUGAGUAGCCCACCCAAGUGCUGCUCACUGACUGAGUCACAGAGCAGUAGUGACAGAAGAGUCUACCACCUGGCUACAGGGAUGAAAGUGGAACACAGGUUGGACUGGAGCUCCAUGGGCUCCUUGGCCCAGCUGAGGUCCUUGUGAGGCUCCUUUCCCACCUGGGGGCUCUUGGGAGGAGUGUCCGGCUCUGGGAAUACAGAUGAAAGGCCACACACCAACCAAGUGGGAGAGGUUGGGAGGGGACGGCCCUCCAUGCACUGUCUCCCCCGUGACCUGCUUCCACAUCAAGAGACAAAAUAAACCCACUAGCCAGCUCCUCGGCGGCCAAAAAGCCAUGUGCACAGACAUCAGGACGGUGAUCCUGCACGGGCACGUGGGAGUCUGGGGAGCCUCUGGGCAGGCUCUUCAAAGCAAUGCACACAGCUGACCUUACAAUGUCAUGGGGUAUGCUGCUGGGCCCAGGCCUCUGCAUGUCUGUGAGGGUGUCACCAGACAAGAGAACAGUCCCAGCCUCCCCACAGCAUGCGGAUAAGCUUGCAACAUACCAGUCACUGUCCCUCCUCCACUCGCUGGGAAUCAGUGGAGUGAGGGGUCCCGCUCCCAAGCCCCAGAAAGGGCUCUUGAGACCCUCUGGUUAAGAUUGCAAAGAGGACCCCACAGACACCAGGAAGGGCAGGAAAGAGUCAGGAUUUACUGAUUAGCACAAGAGCAAGAAAGAUUGCUCUGGGAGGCUCUCUGAGCAUGAGAGACUGGGAGGGCUAGGGCUAGGGGCCUAGAGCUUGAGGACUAAGGUAUUAAACUUUUUUGGCUGAGAAAGCAAGUGAGUGGACAUGGCUAAAGUCCAGAUAUUGUGGCUGGCUGAAGACACCCAUCAGCUGCAGCUUGGGGGUCAUGCAGGGCCUGAGGCAUCACCAUCUGCAAGGUGCAUUUCACAGAGGCUGUGUGCCCCAGCUCCAGCUGACUUGGUGGGGUCUCACGGUCUGUGACUUAUCUUGUUACAGGGCAGGAGAGGGGCCCCCCAGGCCCCCCAAACCUGUCUGCUGUAAAUAGGUUCUGCCAUCUGCUGCAUCAACACAAAACAUACGAGACUUUAAUGGGAAGGAACUUUAAUACAAUUAGGAAAUAAUACAGGAAAGGCAAAGAAUCUAGUUUCUAAAUCAAGUACCCAAAGUUACCUGUCACCUCGUGGGUAAAAGUCCAUCCAAAUGGGACCAGCCCAGAGCAAGACCUCAAAGCCUGCCACAGUCUAAAGCAUCUUCCAGAGGGGACCCACGGAAAAGGUUCAGAAACAACCAGACAAGUCAGGAGGAAAAAGAACAAAAUCAAAAGCAAGACAAAAACCGCCACUGUCACCUCCCCCCGGGUCUCACCCACAUGUCACCCAGUCCACGACCCAAAGACAAGCGCAGUUUCUUCACGUGUCUCUAGGCUCCAUGCGCCUCCUCCAGGUUUCCUUCUGGCUCCAUCCUGCUUCCUUCCUUCCUCAGUCUCCUCUGCAGCUUCUUCUCUCCCUGCUCAUCUCCACCCUCCCUUGGGUGGGGCAGGGAACCUGGAACCUCCCCCUUUCCUGGGGACCACCCUGUUACAGUCUGAGUCCUUAACUGCCCCCUUUUCCCACAGUAGCCAACUUGCUAUGUAGAGAU